AUGACGGCGGAGCUCGGCGACGACGGCGUUAGGGGCGGCGGCGACGGCGUCAGGGGCGGCGAUGGUGUUGGCGACGGCAACGGCGUGGGGAGCGGCGACUGCAUCGGCGACGGGCCGGCCCAGCCACAGCCUCGGCCGGCGACCGGGAGGCGGGUUGCGAGGCUGGUCGGCGGCGGCACGGCGGCGCGCGGGCCCGGCGGUGCGAGCUGCUGGACGACGGCGUCGGCGGCGGGCCGAUGUGCUCCCGGCGGGCGGGCGACGGCGGCGAGCCCGGGCGCGACGGCGGCUGGGCGCCGGGCUUGGGACACGAUCGGCGGGGGGGCAGGGACGAGGCGGAGCUAA